AUGCGUGUUUUACUUACUAAUGAUGAUGGUCCGCUGAAUGACGAAUUUUCCCCAUAUGUGAGGCCGUUUGUUCAGCAUAUUAGGAAGAACUACCCUGACUGGGAAUUAACUAUUUGUAUUCCUCAUACUCAAAGGUCGUGGAUCGGUAAGGCACAUUUUGCUGGUAAAUCGCUUACUGCUCAAUUUUUGUAUUCCAAACCUGAUGCUGACGAUAAUUCUUAUUUAGGUCCUUUCAUUCGUCCUCAAUUGAAUCGUAUUGAUUCUAAACUUCCUCGUGAUACGAGGAAUUCUGAAAUUUCAAAUGAUGAUAUCGAAUGGAUCCUUAUUGAUGGUACACCUGCUUCCUGUGUAAACAUUGGUCUUCAUCAUCUAAAUUCGGAACCUUUUGAUUUGGUUAUUUCAGGUCCUAAUGUAGGUAGAAAUACUUCAUCCGCAUACAUUUCAUCGAGCGGUACUGUAGGGGCUGCAAUGGAAGCUGUAAUUUCAGGUAGUACGAAGGCAGUUGCACUGUCAUUUGCCUAUUUUAACGGUGAAAAAAAUGUGGAUUCGUCAGUGGUAGAUUUAGCGGCACAGAAAUCGAUGGAAGUUAUUAACCACCUUUAUCACAAUUGGAAUGAUGGGACCGAUUUGUAUACCAUCAAUGUACCCUUGUCAACAUCUUUAAAACCGGAUACAAGGAUUAUGUGGACAUCAAUUUGGGAGAAUAGAUGGAGGGCAAUUUUUGAAGGUCCAGAUGUAGCUCAAUUGACUAACGGGUCUGAAAUUGAAGACGGAGUGGAAGGUCACUUGAUUACUUUCAAAUGGCAACCAAUUUUCAAAAAUCAUAAGGAUUCACAAUAUUUAGCCAAGACUACAGAUAAAGAUGUCAUUGAAGCAAAGAUGAUUAGCGUGACUCCAUUAAGGGCAACUUUCAAAAAAGUAGAAGGGUUGGUUGGUGAGUUAUCUUUAAACGUUAAACCCAAUUCUAAUUUUUUUCUAAUAACUGUGAAUAAACAGGAUUAUCUUUAUGAACCAUUGGUUAGAGCUGUUCGGAAAUAUUUGCCUCAGCUCGAAGUUGUUUCCGAAUUGCCUAAAGAACCAAAAUCCGUUUUCCAUUAUGGGGAAUACGAACAGUUAGAUAUUGAUAAACUGGCUACGGAACCAACGAAUUAUUUUGCUAAUUCUUACAUUUACAGAAAGGGUUUGAUAAGAAAACAUUUCUUAUCUCAUACUAUACAUUCGUAUGUGGUUAAAAAUCCAGAUUCUAUUUUAUCCAAGGCAGCUCUAGAGACUUUCCCCUUGGAACUGGAUUAUGCAGAAUUCUUGGACGAUGCUUUAGACGAAAAUUGGGAAUUGAGACAGGAAUUAGAGAAAAAUGAUAGAUGGUGGAUUGUGAAACCUGGUAUGAGUGAUAAGGGUCAAGGUAUUAGAGUCUUUAGAACUAUCGAAGAUCUCCAAGCAGUGUUUGAUUCUUUCGAUGAAGAUGGUACUGAUGAUGAAGGUGAAUAUUUUGAUGAUAAUAAGAUUGUCAUUUCUCAACUUCGCCAUUUCAUUGUACAGGAAUAUUUGGAUAAUCCCCUGUUACUACCUUCUAUGGGCAAUAAAAAAUUCCAUAUUAGAUGUUACAUAUCUUGCCGCGGAGCUCUGGAGGUUUAUGUCUACAACAGAAUGUUAGCUUUAUUUGCCCCCACUGCAUUUACACCAUUGAAGAGCGAUAAUUUUUCACCUACAGAUAUUCUAGAUUUAGAAUGCCAUUUGACAAACACUUGUUUGCAAACUAAAAAUGAACAAAAGGAUAUCUCCGUUGCAGAAUUUGAUACUAUACCGGAUUUGACAGAAGAGAAUAAAUCUAAAAUCAAGACCCAAAUCCAUCAAAUUGCUCAUGAUAUAUUUUUGGGAGCACUCAAAGUAAAUGCUGUUAAUUUCCAACCUUUGCCCAAUGCCUUUGAAACCUAUGGUGUCGAUUUCUUGGUGGAUUUCGAUUUUAAUGUUAAACUACUUGAGAUUAAUGCCUACCCUGACUUCAAACAGACCGGUGAAGAACUUAAAGGGCUCAUCGAUGAAUUAUUCGAUCAUACUGUUCAUCAUCUCAUCGUUCCUUUUUUCGAUGAGGGCAGAUCUACAACAAGUUCUGAAAAUUUCGUCAAAGUUUUAGAAUAUACUGCAAACAAUUGGUAG